GAAAAGCCAACCACCGAAAGCACUUUGCGAAACACCACUUUCGCUUCCUCCAUCAUUCGCACUCUCUCCUCUAUCCUUUUUGUCCUCCUUCUCCUUCUUCAGUCAAACGCGCAUCAAAGAUCAAACCAUAGCCACCACCACCACCACCACCACCGCCACCACCGCUCGAAGCCGUCAUGCAGCCGGAGAGCUCACCGGAGGGCCCUUCCCUCUACCAGCUCCUCGCAGGAGCCGGCCUCAUCAACGUCGGGUCCUACGGCGGCGGCUUCCCGGUGAGCUGCGAGCAGCACCAGCUCCUUCCCCCCGGGGGGCUCCUCCAGCAGAGCUUCUGCAGCAGCUCCUCGAACUUCAGCUACGGCCCCUUCGACGCCUCCGCGAACUUCCUCUCGGACUCCGGGGCCCCCGAGGACCGGACGAUCGCCGCGCUGAAGAAUCACAAGGAGGCCGAGAAGAGGCGGAGGGCUCGGAUCAACUCGCACCUCGAUAAGCUCAGGAGUCUCCUCCCUUGCAACUCCAAGACUGAUAAAGCCACGCUGCUUGCGAUGGUCGUCCAACGCGUGAGGGAACUGAAACAGCAGGCGUCUGACAUAACUGCGCUCGACAUGUUCCCUUCGGAGUCCGAUGAGAUCUCGGUUCUCUCCAGCGACUGUUCGAGCGAUGGCAAGCUCAUAUUCAAGGCCUCCUUGUGCUGCGAGGAUCGGUCCGAUCUCCUGCCCGACCUGAUCGAGAUCCUGAAAUCCCUCCACCUGAAGGUCCAGAAAGCGGAGAUGGCGACCCUCGGAGGGAGAGUCCGUAAUGUCCUCGUCGUGGCCGCCGACAAGGAUCACAGCGUCGAGUCUAUUCAUUUCCUGCAAAACGCACUGAAGUCGCUGCUCGAGCGAUCAAGCUCUGCCGAGAGGUCGAAGAGGAGGCGCGUGCUGGACCGUAAAAUCAUCAUGUCAUGAUAAUCAAUGGAACGUAAUAUUAUAAAUCGCAUGGAAACUCGCGCCAUGCGCGUAUUCUGUAAUCCUAGUCUUUCGUUGUAAUUCUACUUAAUAUAUAUAUUGAGUGAGAGAGCUUGCUACGCUUUCUUUUUUCUUUUUCUGGGUGUGUCGAAAUGUCGAUAGUCACAAAUCUUUGGAGCAAAAAAAAAUUAGUUCAAGAGGAAUGGAGGUAUUGAUUUGGGUA